AUGGAGGAGAAGCCGUAUUCCUGUCCUGAGUGUGGGAAAUGUUUUUCACAGAAGUCCCAUCUUUCCAGACAUCAGAGAUCUCACACGGGACGGAAGAGCUUCUCCUGUACUGAGUGCGGAAAGAGGUUCCAUUCUAAAUCCAAACUUAAUGUGCAUAAAAGAUCUCACACAGGGGAGAAGCCGUAUUCCUGUCCUGAGUGCGGGAAAUGUUUUUCAGUGAAGUCCAAUCUUUACAGACAUCAGGGAUCCCACACAGGGGAGAAGCCAUAUUCCUGUCCUGAGUGCGGGAAAUGUUUUUCACAGAAGUCCAGUCUUUACACACAUCAGAGAUCUCACACGGGGGAGAAGCCAUUUUCCUGUCCUGAGUGCGGGAAAUGUUUUUCACAGAAGUGCAGUCUUUACACACAUCAGAGAUCUCACACAGGGGAGAAGCCAUUUUCCUGUCCUGAGUGUGGGAAUUGUUUUUCAUACAAGUCCCAACUGUAUAAACAUCAGAGAUCCCACACAGGAGAGAAGACACAUUCCUGUCCUGAGUGA